AUGGCAGUCGACUUCCAUUUCCACGAAACUGAUUUCCAGCACCCAGAAGCUUCAGACCUUAUCAGAACCAAACAGGUCGAGGAGCUCUUUGAACAAGGGCAUGGCCCUCAAUUCCGACAGUGGAAGGCCCGUUGUCUCCUGCGAAAGAUGAAUGAGGAAGUCUGCAUCAUCUCCGCAAGGACCUUUUCCGGCGUACUUCCGCAAGUCCAACAUGAAAUUCUGAAACUGAAGGCCAACUCUGGCGGCGGGAGUGGUCACGAUAGUUGGCGCGACAUCAAGGACCCGACAGAAAGUAAUCCUUAG